AAUAGCGUCACCCACCGUUUAUAAUCACCAAACAAAUUUGUAAAGUCUUCGUUUUUCUUACUUCACUUCAGUUGACUCUCUCUCUUACGACCCGCCAUUUUUUUUCUCUCUCCAAAGCACAAAUGGCUUCUCCAUAUCCCCCUCGCCGGCGAUCGGGCUCCGACCACAGCAGAACGCCGGGAAGGGUGCCCCCUUCUCCUGGCUACGCCUCGUCUGAGCUCAGCACCUCCACAGUCUCCGAGCGCCAGAACCCCGUCGUCGCCGCCGCAAGGUCCUUCACCGGAAUGUUCGCCGCGUGCUUCUCGCCCCCGGAAUCCGACAACUCCAGGAGCCUCGGGGAUUCCGAGGAGUUUAAGUCUUCUUCCACUGCAUCGAAUGGCUCAAGAGCUGGUUCCAGAGCUGGUAGUCAGAGAGGGCGUAACUCAAAUGGAGGUAUGAACAUCAGUUCAUACAACAUAGUACAAAGGAAAGAACCUGGCAUUGUGAAGUUCACCAUGGAGGAAAUCUUCCAAGUCACAAGAAAUUUCUCCCCUUCUUUCAAGAUUGGCCAAGGUGGUUUUGGUGCUGUGUACAAGGCAAAACUCUUGGAUGGGACUGUUGUUUCAGUAAAGCGUGCUAAGAAGAGUCUGUAUGAGAAACAUUUGGGGGUGGAGUUCCAGAGCGAGAUUCAAACACUAUCCCGGGUGGAACAUUUGAACUUGGUCAAGUUCUAUGGAUAUUUGGAGCAAGGAGAUGAAAGGAUCAUUGUUGUUGAGUAUGUUCCCAAUGGAACUCUCAGAGAACAUUUAGAUUGCAUUCAUGGGAGCGUUCUGGACCUUGCUCAACGUUUGGAUGUAGCAAUUGAUGUUGCUCAUGCUAUCACAUAUCUUCAUAUGUAUAUAGAUCAUCCAAUCAUUCAUAGAGACAUAAAAUCUUCAAACAUUCUUCUGACUGAAAAUUUUCGAGCUAAAGUAGCAGACUUUGGUUUUGCUAGACAAGCCGCAGACAGUGAUUCUGGCAUGACACAUGUUUCCACCCAAGUCAAAGGAACAGCUGGUUACUUGGAUCCUGAAUACCUGAAAACUUAUCAACUAACUGAAAAGAGUGAUGUCUAUUCAUUUGGAGUUUUGCUUGUUGAACUUGUUACAGGUAGACGCCCCAUUGAACCAAAAUUUGAACUCAAGGAGCGAAUAACAGCAAAGUGGGCUAUGAAGAGGUUCAUGGAGGAAGAUGCUAACUCAGUGUUGGACCCAAGACUGGAUCAGACUGCUGCAAACACUUUGGCUCUGCAUAAGAUUCUGGAGCUAGCUUUACAGUGCUUGGCUCCACGUAGACAAAACAGACCUACCAUGAAAAGAUGUGCCGAGAUCCUCUGGUCCAUCCGCAAGGAUUUCAGAGAGCAGUUAUCAGCUUCAAACUUUCGCUCAUUUUCCACAACUUCCCAAAGGAGCAGCUCACUCAGAGAGUGACAAGGUUAAAGCAGCAACCUUUGCAUCAGAAAAUGCAAAACAGUGCUAGAAACACACUCUCAGAUGCUCUCCUUUGAACACAGUCUUUGUUAUUGGUUGAAAUUAAUGAAUCUUUCAAACAAUUUCAAUCAAUAGAAAAGAGUGUGAGUGUGAUAGAGAAUAUGUUUCUAACACUCUUGGUGAGGACAAACAAUGGCCUUGGGAGAAAAGAAAAACCAUUGUUGUAUACUAUGAUAGGAAACUUUGGCACUUAGGAUGUUUGGUCUUUGACUAGGGUGGCAUGUUGAAAUUGUACAUGAGUUUUGGCUUGUGUAUACCAAUGGGGGAGCAUACUCCAUUAAAGAUGAGUGCAUUACUUUCCAUAAUUGUGCAUUUUUUUUUCUUCUUCUUGGGAUCCUAAAGGAGGAAAAUUUGUAUUCUAUUGAUUGAAAACAUAAUUGGUGUAUUCUACUUGUGUAUAAUAUUCCAUUUUCAGUUGAGUA